GUUCCCCCCCCCCUUGGGUAGAAGUGGUAGUUCCCGGCUUCCAACAUGGCGGGAGCUUCGCCCUGGAUUCCCGUUUAACGGAGUUCCGUGUGUCCGCCUUCUCCCGGGUCCGGGGACCGCCGCGCAGUGAACCCGCUGCGUCCAAGCCCACACCAUGAGUAACAUCUACAUCCAGGAACCGCCGACGAAUGGCAAGGUUUUAUUGAAAACGACAGCUGGAGAUAUUGAUAUUGAGCUAUGGUCAAAGGAAGCCCCCAAAGCAUGUCGGAACUUUAUUCAGCUUUGCAUGGAAGGUUAUUACGACAACACAAUAUUUCACAGGGUUGUGCCUGAGUUUAUAGUGCAAGGAGGAGAUCCAACUGGUACUGGGUCAGGAGGAGAAUCUAUCUAUGGGGCCCCUUUCAAGGAUGAAUUCCACUCACGGUUGCGCUUUAUUCGGCGGGGACUGGUUGCCAUGGCAAACGCUGGGCCUCACGAUAAUGGCAGCCAGUUCUUCUUUACUUUGGCUCGGGCAGAUGAACUUAACAACAAGCACACCAUCUUUGGAAAGAUUACUGGAGAUACCAUAUAUAACAUGUUACGACUUACAGAGGUUGAAACAGACGCAGAUGAAAGACCACUCAACCCACAUAAAAUAAAAAGUACUGAGGUUUUAUUUAAUCCUUUUGAUGACAUAAUUCCGAGAACCAGUAAAAAGCUGACGAAUGAGAAACCAGCUGAAGAAGCGAAGAAAGCAAAAUCCAAGGGCACAAAGAAUUUUAGCUUGCUUUCAUUUGGAGAAGAAGCUGAAGAGGAAGAAGUAGAAGUCAACAGAGUUAGCCAGAAUAUGAAAGGAAAAAGCAAAAGCAGUCAUGACUUGCUGAAAGACGAUCCGCAUCUGAGCUCAAUACCUGCCAUUGAAAGUGAAAAAGCAGAUGACAGUGAUAUCUCGGAUGAGGAAGAGGGUGCAUAUGGUGAGGAAGAUGAAGAAAUUGAUAGUGAUGAGAAGUAUCAAAUGAAAGAACGCAUUGUGAAGAAGUUAAAGAAAGAUGCUGAUCUAGCAGCUCAAAAACCAACCAAAGAGAAGGAAACUGAGAAGAAAAGUAGCCGCAGUGAGGACCUACGGAAGGAAGUGCGCCAGUUGAAACGUGAACUGUUAGCAGCAAAGCAAAAGAAAGAAGAAAAUGCCUCCAAACUAGAGGAAAAUAAAAUUGAAGAUGACAAAGCUGCCCCAAACAGCAUUGUUGCAGAAUAUCUGGAAGAAAAAAAGAAAUAUGAACAACUGAAACAGCAGCAGCCGAAGAAGGGACCUUCCCGUGAAGUUCAGACGCUGGCAUUGCUGGACAGAUUCAAAUCAAAACUGAACCAAGCAAUAGCGGAGACUCCUGAAAAUGAAGUGUCGGAACCUGAAGUGGAGGAUGAUGAAGGAUGGAUGUCACACGUGCUCCAUUUUGAAGAUAAAACCAGAAAAGUGAAAGAUGCAAGUGUGCAAGAUGAAGAUACUUUUGAAAUUUAUGAUCCUCGAAACCCAGUUAAUAAGAGACGAAGGGAAGAAAGCAAAAAGAUUCUGAGAGAGAAAAAGGCAAGGAGAUGAAAUGAAUGUAAAGUUUUCCAGAGCCAGCUUGGAAAAUGACUGCACAAAUGUUCUGGCUCUGUAGUAGCUGGCGUCCCAAAAUAUAUCACUUACAAGGUGUGAAAAGGAAUCUGGUGUCUAAUUUGGAAACAGUGCUAUCUGCUUUGUUUUGUGAAUUCUGAUGUAUUAAAAAAAAAGCUUCCUGAAAUCAUUCUAAGCAAUUAUUGUGAAUAAAUAAUUCCUUUUCCAUUCUCA